UCUCAUUCAUUGUGAUGUCAUAGUUAAGACAAUCAUUUGCACUUCCUGCAUGGAUGGUAAACCAAGGAUCAUUCUUAAAUAAUUUCCAGUUCCUUUUUUGAUCAUUCCAAGUGCUCCUACAACCACUGGUACUAUAACCAUCUUGAGAUACCACAUUUUUUCGAUUUCAGAAAAAGAAUAUUAAUUUACUAAAGAAACCACACUGAAAUGUUAUGACUGGGGAAAAACACCCAGGGACGCCUGCUGCAUGGAAACAUAAUAGUAAAAUGGGCACUAGCAUACUUGAAAUAUCGUCGUCAGCUACAAACUAUCCAAUGUUUACAAUUGAACAGAUUGAAUUGAUUCGGCGACUGCGCAACAGUGGAAUAACUAAGGAACAAGUUGUAGAAGCUUUUGAACGCUUCGACCGUAUUGACCAAGAACUUGGACUCUUGUACACAGUUCCAUCCAGUGGUGCUUCACCUUCUUCUACAGCGACAGCGAGCCAAACGCUCAAUGUUGCCGUCACUGCCAGUGCGCAGUCGAGUGUCACAAAUGUGCCCACCACCACCACUGCCUUCGCCCUUAGCCAGGGUGCGGCAGUGUCACGGUCAAACGGACAAUACUCAUUGUACACAUCAUCUCGGCCGUCAUUCUCAUCAUCAUCCCCACAGUCGGACAAUGGACAAUCAGAUCUUAAACCUCCUAGCAAUAAACGGCCACGAGAGGAGUGCAGUGAAAAUAACCAUGACGAGUCUCUGCAAGAAAACAGUCAAAUUCAACGGGCCCACAAUUCUGUUCACAAUUCCAUGUCGCUAGGAGGAGGAAAUUCUUUAACUACUAACAGAUCCUUGUCAUAUGCCGACAGUCAUUCAACCAUCACAGCAUCUCAAAAUUCUACAGUGCCCAAUUCUUUGUCAGGAACACAGAACUCACCAGCUUCACGGGUUAAUGACUCAAUGCCCAACUUAGCAAGUGGAGCAUUAGAUGAUAGCCAGUUGGCAAUUAACUUAGAAAAUAAUCCAGAUUUGGAAAUUGAAGAACUACAAGAAUUUAUGAAUCUUGAUUCCAGGCAAGGAAUGACCAAAAUGUAUGAAGAAAUCAAAGCUUUUGUGAAUCGAGUAGGUCUUAAACAGUCUCAGAUAGCUGCCAUGACAGGUAUCAGCCAAUCCUAUGUUAGUCGAUACUUACGUGGUGAGUUCACAGAGAUGUCCGAACGCUGUCGAAGAGCAAUGUAUGCUUGGUAUGUUUCUCAUAGGCAGCGCUUAGCCAGGGCACCUAGGUUCAGUUACGGUACAAAUGGCUUUAAAGGUAUGCUAUCUUCUGGUGGAGACGCUAUGGAUAUUCAAUUUACUCCAAAGAGGGAAAGGUUUACAUUCCGAGAAAAACAUCUAGAAGUUUUGGAAGCUUACUUCAAAGAGAAUCAGUAUCCAUCUAUGGAACUUCGUGAAGAGAUUGCACACCUGUGUAAUAUGGCUCUCAGUAGCACAGGCCGUGAACUGUGCGAAAAGGAAAAAGUUACACCUCAAAUAGUAUCUAAUUGGUUCAAUAACCGACGUAAAGAAAUGAAAAAAUUGGCCAAAGAAGGAGGUCUUGACUGCUCCCAGAUCCUGUUGCCAAGCAGAGUACGCCAGAGGUCAUACAUGAUAGAUUUGGAAAACCAGGGAGAAAAUACUACAAAUGAUAGAAUAUGUACGCCGUCACCAAAACCAUCAGAAGGAAAUGACGAGCACUCUAGUUUUGCUGCAGAUGUUGCUGCUGUAAACCGAGCAAUAAGUGCACUAUCAGGUGAACCUCUAGAUGGACCAAUUCAGGUGAAACAGGAACCUGUAAGUGACAGUGAUGAAAAGUCUCAGUCUUCCCAGCAUUCUCUACCAAUUGCUGUAGAAUGAAAAAGAGGCUGCUGUCAAUAGGAGAAAAAGAUUUGAAAAAGAGGAUUUUUUUGACAAUGAAUUUUUUUUAAUGCAUUAUUUAGGUUACAUACCAUAAUCAUUUGGUGUACAGUUGCACAUUGGAAAAGAAAGAAAAAAAAAGAGGAAGCCGGUUUUGAAAAACUGCUUCAUCUUGUGUUCUUUUCCCAGUUCAUUAUAUUCUUUUAAAUUCAUGUUUUACAACAUACCAAGAUUUUUUUUUUUUUAAUUCAAGUCAAAGCUAUG